AUGCCUCCAAAAUCAAAACGCGUACCAGUCUCCAAACCACCACCGCGUAUAACAAUACAGCCCGAGGUUCCCGUCAUUUGUUGCAGCGAUAUAAUUCUCAUCGUUGACCCCAAAUCAAAUCUCCCUGCCUUCCACAAAAGCCUUAUCUACUCCCUCAUCACCGAGGUCAAGCUCCAUUUCUUCAAACCGCAUUUCCAAGUCGAACCGGCCCCACCACGGACACCCAAAAAGUUCCGUUACGUGAUUCAAGUUACAACGCGGAUUUCCAAUCCCGACACUUCUUCUAGCUUUCUCAAAGAAGAGCUUGCAACCGACAAACCAUGGCGCUGGUUUGUUCCUUUCAACGAGGAUUUGGUCCCUAGUAGCGUGGAAAGCGAGGAAAGCGAGGAGGAGAAUAUUGGUCAUUUCAGUUUCCAGAACAGCAUCAAAUACCCCACAUACCAAAGCCAGAUUAAGGAAAGAAACUGGGUGGAGAUCGAGAGCGCGGAGGUGCCGGUCAUGUUUACUAAGGGGAUGUACGAGAGGGAGGCUACUGAGAGUUUAAGGUUCCGCUGCAAUGAACCGGGGCAUAUGGGUAAGAUCUGGACCUUCCAGGUUCUGGCGCCUCACUGGCUACAAACAGAGCUCCCAAAGCCUGUGGUUAAGAAAGUCAAGCGGGAGAUUUCGGAGACGCCAAAUGAGGAAGAGGCUACCGAUGGAGAUGAUGAGCUGGAUAGUGAGGGAGAGGAGGUGGAUGAGGAUGAGUAUGAUGGCCCGGGCAUUCGUAUGAAGACCCACAAAAGGUCUGCCAGCUGGAUUGAGGAUGAUGAGGAAAAUGAAGACGAUGAUUAUAGCACUGGUUAUAAGAGUCGCCGGGGCGGGAAGGCGAGAAAGGGCAAAACGGUAGCAAAAAAGGCUAAGGCGAAGAAGCAAUUAUCAGAGGAUAUGGACUGGGUUCCUACUGGUAGAAGAUAA